GUUACCGUUCGACUAAAUCAACAACAACGUUAUAGAGUAAUAAUAAAAUAUUGCCAAAAGUAAAAACAUCGCAAAAAGUAUAAAAAAAUAGAGAAAAGUGUUUCAUUAGGCAUUGUGGAUUAAUAUUACAAAAGUAAACAUGGAAAUCGGCAACGUGGCCUUCAAAGCAUUCCUUUACACAGAUAAAAAUUCUGAAAACCAUGAAGAAGUAAGGUGGUUUCACGUGGACCAAAAUGCUGUGGUGUCUUUGGAUUUGGUUAAACAGAAAUUGGUGUCAACAUUCCCACGCUUGGUAGACCGAGAAUUCAAAUUAUACUGGAAAGAUUGCGAUAAUGACUUGGUUCUCAUAUCAACCGACACCGAAUUGCUAAUCGCUUUAACCAACAUCACUACUGAACCCAGACGUCUCUACAUUUAUCUGGAACCAACUCAAAACAACCCCUCAAACCCCUCAAACCCCAACAACAAUGUUCAUCAUGUCGGUGUGGUUUGUGAUGGUUGCGGAGGAGAAAUCUAUGGAUAUAGAUACAAGUGUGUAGAAUGCCCUGAUUUUGAUCUAUGCUCCCGUUGUGAAUCCAAUGGGGUGCACUCUGAACACUGUUUUCUGAGACUGACUGACUUUACAGCGACACGGCGCUUGAGAAAAUGUCUUUCAGCCAGCAGAAAGAUGUUCAGGCAUUGUGAUCGUGAGGCAGGCAAACAUGGAAAACGCCAUGGAGGACAUCCAAGACACGGAUGGUACGAGCUACUUUCCCAGUUUGUUGCUGACAUAAAUUCGCCCGAGGAAGAAACAAAUAAAGACAAUGAAAAAGCAGAAAGUAACGCCCAGAAGGAGGCUCCAAAGAGCAAAUGUCCCUUUAUGGCCCCAAAAAGCUCAGGUGACUCCGGUAAUAAGGAAAGUGAUUGUCAUGUUAGUUAUUUGAGGAAUAUUGGUCAAACUAUCGCUAGCUUGUUAGAUCCUUUAGGAAUUGAUGUUGAUGUGGAAGUACGCUCCAAGGACAAACCCAAUGAUAAAAUGGAAACAGAAAAUCAAACAAAGGACAACGAACCAAAACCAUCAACCAGCAAAACUGACUCUACUCCUAAACCAGCAGAAACCAACAAUACCAACAGAGCUGUCCUGUAUUUCCACCAGACUACGUUCCAAUUUACAUGGACACAAAUGUGCACACACCAAUUGUCAGUGCUUUUGUCAACGGACAACCUGUUAAUGGACAACCGACUGCAGAAGGAGCACCUGCUAAUGGUGAACCACAAGUGAAAGUGGGAAUGAGCGCUUUUGUUAAUGGAGUUCCAGUGUUUUCUACAUCCCCAAACAGUGAACCUCAAGCGACAACUGCACCGUCUGCACCAGAAAAUACUAAAGACAAAAAAAAUGAACCCGAAGGUGGUUGG